AUGGCGAUCCUAAUUACUGGCGGUACAGGCAAGACGGCAAGUCGUAUUGCGAAGUAUUGUUUGGACUCCAAAAUACCCUUUCUAGUUGCAUCUCGAAAAGGGCAAUCAAUUUCAUCGGAAAGUUAUCCCGCUGUCGAUUUCGACUGGACAAACUCGGCGACGUUCAGGAACCCAUUUCAGUACAAGUUUCCUAAUGGUGAAGGGAUUGAUAAAGUGUAUCUGGUAGGACCAGAUACCGCGGACCCCAUCUCUGAAAUGGCACCGUUCAUAGAUCUUGCAAAGGAGCAGGGAGUUAAGAAAUUUAUAUAUUUCAUUGGCAGCUCUGCUGAACUUGGUGGGCACUACGUUGGCAAGGUAUGGAAGAAGUUGGCUGAAAGCGAGAUCGAAUAUACAGUUCUCAGAGCAACUUGGCUUAUGGACAACUUCCUUUCCUGGCAACAUGGCGCAACCAUCAAAAAUGAAAACAAGAUCUACUCAGCCUGCGGCGACGGCCAAAUCCCGUUCAUCAGCGCCAAUGACAUUGCUCGAAUGGGUUUCUUCCUCUUGACGGACCCAAAGCCCCAUGAGACAAAUUAUAGGGUUCUCGGUCCUGAACCUUUGACCUUUGAUCAAGUCGCCGAAAAACUCAGUCAAGGUAUUGGUCGAACCAUUCAGCAUGUGAAGAUUUCUGAACAAGAAUCUUGCGAGAGACUCGUUAAUUUUGGUAUGUCGGAGUAUCUUUCUAGAUUUUUGGCAAAGAUUGAGGUUGGAACGGCGAAUGGCGCGGAAAACUUUAUUGGUAAUGAUGUUGAGAAGGUUACUGGGAAGGCACCGGAGACGUUUGAGGCUUGGGUUGCUGAUAAUAAGGGUGCCUUUGAGAAGUAA